AUGGCAUCUUCGUGCGUGUCGGUCGUGAGUGCGAUCAGUGGCGUUGCCGUUCUCGGCGCGCUUCUCACCGCCGCCUUCAUCUUCAACGAUAUCAAUCGUUUCUACUACACGACGAUGGAAACGUUUGACGAGUUCAAGGUUGGUGCCACAUCUCUCGCACGUACGUCUUUUGUCAAAACUUGCAGAUGAACGAGAAAAGCGCGUGGGACAACAUGAUCAUGACGACUCGUUCGCCGCAGCAGGUCUUCAUGGGCCGUGCUAGGCGUCAAGCGGAUCUUCCCGAUUGCCAGGCGCUCGCCAAGAACUGUCCACCAGGACCGGCUGGAGCACCGGGAGCUCCGGGAGCCGCAGGAGAGCCAGGAAGCGACGGAGAGGCCGGAAAGCCGGGACUCGACGGAUCGGCAGUUCCAUUCACUUCCGCCUCCGGAGGAGCUUGCAUUCAGUGCCCAGCCGGAGAAGCUGGACCAGCUGGACCACCGGGACCACCAGGACCAGCGGGAGCGGACGGAGAGGCUGGAGCCGACGCGCCAGCCGGAGGCCCAGGAGCGCCAGGACCACAAGGACCAGCGGGAGACGCCGGAGCGCCAGGAGCACCGGGAGCCCCAGGAAACGGCGGACAGCCAGGAAAGGACGGACAGAGAUCGAUCGGAACUCCAGGAGCCGCCGGAGCCCCAGGACCACAGGGACCUGCCGGAGCCAUUGGAGAAGCCGGAGCCGCCGGAGCUCCAGGAGCACAAGGACCAGCCGGAGGGCCAGGAGCCGAUGGACAGCCCGGAGCCGCCGGAGGACCGGGAGUGGCCGGAGAGCGAGGAAAGGACGGACAGCCGGGACCCGAUGCGGCCUACUGCCCGUGCCCAGCCAGAUCUGCUCAGUGA